AUGGAUCAUAGUUGGAUAUAUAAUAUGACUAAUUUUGGUCGAAUGGGGCUAAGACCUGAAUUUGUAGAAGGUGUCACUGGUUUUGUGGAACAUGUAAAGACACUAGAACCUUUUCAACAUAAUGGUGUGAUUAAGUGUCCUUGUAAUAAAUGUCAAUGUUUGAAUUAUCCAAAAUCAGAUAUUGUUGAGCUUCUUCUCUUUCGAAAUGGGUUUAAAAAAGAAUACACAGUGUGGACUAGUCAUGGAGAAAUUGAUAAUAGUUUUGAUGUAUUUCAACAUUAUGUUCCUGGUGAAAGUAGUAGCGUAGUGAAUUCUAAUGCAGAAAAUUAUAGAAUGCAUGACAUGGUUCAGGAUGUGUUUGGGGUGCAUUCUGAUUUUGAAUCUGGUAAUCAAGGUGAAGAAGCUCCUAAUGCUGAAUGUAAAAUUUUCUUUGAACAAUUGGAAGUUGAUAGUCGGCCUUUCUAUGAGGGGAGUCCACACUUACAGUUGGAUCCAAGAUUUAAGCAGAUGAGUGAGAUCGGUCAGAAGGCUAGAUCAUCUACUAAGGGUGGUUGUCUACACACAAGUGGGGUUCAAAGUCAAGGAAGUGUGAGGAAGAAAUUGGAAAAGGAACUAGGAAGACCGCUAACUCAGGCUAAGGCAUUCAAGGUAACACACAUAAGAAAGAAGAAAAAUCCCAAAGAUCCAGACGUGUGGGUUGAGCCGCGAGCUGAAAUGACCUAUAAUCGAUAUCUUCAAGCUUUGGAGGAUUUACGACAAACUCAGCUAGAAGAAAAUCGAGGUAUUCUACUUACUCAAAAACAGGCUGAGAGAGUGUGGCUAGACUUGAUUGGUGGGCCGAGUAGAUAUGGGUAUGCCUAUGGCAUGCUGAAACAGAACUUUCGUGAAUAUCAUUCUGAGUUUGAACACCAAAGUAGUUCCUAUGAUGAUGAAUCGAUGAAGAAAAAUUUGGCUAUGGAGCAAAAGAUAGCUGAGCAAUCUAGACAAGUCGAAGACUCGCAGGCUAGGGAAAAGCGGAGGGACUUAGAGUAUGAGUAUCUUAAGGCUCAAUUCGAUGCACUACUUGCUUCAGGAGGGAUUCCCCCUUGUUCCAAUGAUGUCACUUUCCCUCCUCGACCCUCUCAGUCUCAACCUACUCGAUAUCCAGUGUAUAGUCAACAAAGAAAUAUGAUAGAUGAGUCUAGUAGUGAUGAAGAAGAUGAGGAUCAUAUGGCAAACACACUACCGCAUUAG